GCUUGGAAACUCCCAAACAGGGCUUCCAAAAAGUACACCAGCAACGACUUUUUCUUCCUCGACUCCUUUCUUGGGAGGAGUUGGUGCUUCUUCCUUUGGACGACGAGGCGCUUCUUCAGAAGAAGUGUCUUCUUUCGAAAUGCAUGAUGGAUCUUUCGACUUUGAGGAGAUACAGGCCGUCCAAGAUGAGCUCUAUAGAACACAGUUGCUGCAUUUGCUUGGACUGCAAAAUGAAGAUGGUGUUGAGCAGGAUUUCACGCGAUUGUUGCCUGCCUCCUCGUCAAAAUAUACAACUACGAAAGAACUACCAGAUGCAGAGCGAAGGCUCCUGCAGUCUCCAUCAGGGUCUGUAGCGCGUUUAGUGAUUCCGCGUAACCUAGAUGCGACAGACAAGCAAAUGAAAGUAUCAGCUCUGCCUGCGCUUGCCUUGUCUAAGGAGCUCUGGGCCUAUCGAAAUGACAAACACUCCGAUUACCUAGAAUGGCAAGGCAGGAUAACGAACAACGAGGAAGGCACAGCGCAGAAGAAAAAGACAACUCCAAAGCAUAAGUUUGAAGUGUAUGCGUAUCCCGCGGACGAGACGGAAAUCAACAAGGUCCUCAAAGGAGACAAGUGCAAUACGGUAGACUUUCUGAUUGGUACGCAUAACGCGCCUUCCGUGCCGCUUACACGGGGAGAUGAGGGUAUUUCCACCCUUUCUCCACUCGACGACGUCCUACGUAGUCUUGGUUACGAUCUUCCAGCUGCACCCGAAUUUGUUGUGCCUCAGUCUCAAAAUGAAACACGAACACCUAGUACUUCUCCCGCGCCGCGCGCUCCUCGCAAUGCCCCUGGUCAGGGUUCUGGUGCUUCAGCUGCUACUACAAAUGUAGGUGCACCAGCAACAGGAGGUGGCGCGGCUGCGGAAGAACAAAAAAACGGUAAUCAUGACGUGCAGAAGGGGGCAUCUUCUGAUGGCACUGGACCAGAUUACACUGGGAAUCCUCAAG